AUGGAUUCUUCUCCUAACACCAACAACCCCAAGAAACCGUUGCUAGUGAUCGGAGGCACCACCAACACUGGCAUUAGUAACCCUAAACCCUCGGGCCCACCUCCCGGUUUCUCCUCCAAGCCAAGUAUCAAGAGAUAUUCAGAUGAUGUGGAUUUUAAUAACUUGGCUAUCAAGAAAACCAAGACAGUGGUUAGCGCUGAAGAUGGUAAAAAGAUUGUUGCUCUGGAUGUAAAGCCAUUGGCUAUCGUCGAAGCGGAGAAUCAUAAGCUUUCUAGACAGUUUUGGAAAGCUGGAGAUGAUAAAGAAGAUGAGCCUGUACCUCGUUAUUGUAGUAAUGAUGCUGCGGUUAGGGUUCAUCCUCAGUUUCUUCAUGCUAACGCCACUAGUCACAAGUGGGCACUUGGUGCUUUGGCUGAACUUCUUGACAAUUCUCUAGACGAGGUAUGUAAUGGGGCUACAUAUGUUCAUGUUAACUCAGCAACAAAUCAAAAAGAUGGGAAGAGUAGCAUUCUCAUAGUUGAAGACAAUGGAGGUGGGAUGGAUCCGGGUAGGUUUAGAGAAUGUCUUUCUUUGGGGUAUUCAAGAAAACGCAACAUGCCUAAUAAAGUUGGUCAAUAUGGGAAUGGAUUCAAGACUAGUACAAUGAGGCUUGGUGCUGAUGCAAUUGUCUUCUCGCGCUGUCAAGGAACCAAUGGAAAUAAAACAACACAGAGCAUUGGUAUGUUAUCAUAUACGUUUCUUUACGAGACAAGAAAAUGUGAAGCCAUUGUCCCCACGGUUGAUUUUGAGUUGGUAGAUAACGCCUGGAAGGAGAUAACAUACAACUCUACUGAUGACUGGUUUGAUAAUCUAGAGACUAUAGUGAAGUGGUCUCCUUUUUCAACCCAACAAGAGUUAUUCGACCAGUUUAAUUUCCUAGAAGAUCAAGGAACUCGUAUUGUGAUUUAUAAUCUAUGGGAGGAUGAUGAAGGGAAGCUGGAACUUGAUUUUGAUACAGAUCCUCAUGAUAUCCAACUAAGAGGUGUAAACAGAGAUGAGAAGAACAUAGAGAUGGCCAAAACGUAUCCUAACUCGAGGCAUUUUCUAACGUAUCGCCACUCUCUACGUGUACGUGCUUUCAUGUUUCUUAACACCGUUCUAAUGUGUGAACUCAAGUGUUCAUUGACUACUGAUCUAAAGCUUGGCUUUGUGAAAGAUGCUCAUCAUCACAUUGAUAUACAAGGGUUCAAUGUUUACCACAAGAACCGGCUUAUUAAGCCAUUUUGGAGGGUUUGGAACGCUGCUGGAAGUGAUGGACGUGGUGUUAUUGGUUUAGUGGAAGCUAAUUUCAUACAACCAGCUCAUAAUAAACAAGGGUUUGAGAGAACUGUUGUUCUUGCUAAACUUGAAAGCCGAUUGCUCCAACUUCAAAAGAACUAUUGGUCUUCAAGGUGUCAAGAGAUUGGUUAUGCGCCAAGGCGAAAGCAAGCUAAUCAUUUAAGUGUUUCCAGAGAGACUACUAGACAAGGGGACAAGAAAUUUGAAGUACCUUUCAACAACAUGAAGCAUGAUAAGGGAUCUUCUUCUAAUGCACCACCAGCUCGUUUCAUGCAAAAUGGCCAAUCAUCUUGGGGAAACCAACUAAACUCUCAGGGUGUUACACAAUCAAGAGUUGCUGAAAGAAUGAUACCUGACAGUGGGACUAUAAAGAUGGAGAAACAUGGGCAUGGGAUAAGAUUCAAUGAAGCAAGAUUGGUUGAGCAAGCAGCCGAGUUGCAGAGACAGACAAGGCAGCUUGAGUUGCAAUUAAAGGCUAAGAUUCAAGAUUUUGAGAAGAUGGAAAAUCUAAAAGAUGACUCAGAAAAACUGGUUUCUAAGCUGUUGAGCCAGCUAAAACAGUCAGAAGCUAAGAUUCAAAACAUGGAGAAGACGCAGAAGGGAGCAAAUGACUCAGACAAACUAGUGGUUGAGUUGUCGAACCAGCUCAAACAGUCAAACGCUAAGAUUCAAGACUUGGAGAAGACACAGAAACUGAAAGAUGAUGAAUCAGCAAAAAUGGUUGAUGAGUUGAAAAGACAGAAAGCACUGCUUGAAGAAGACUUGCAAAAGGUAAAAGAUGGAUCAAAUAAACUGGUGGAUGAGCUGCGGAGAGAGAAAGCAAUGCUUGAAGAAGAAUCACAUAAGGUAAAAGAUGAAUCAACCAAACUGGUAGAUGAAUUAAAACAGUCAAAAGCUAAGAUUCAAGAUAUGGAGAAGUCACAGACUGAAGUGACUGAGAUCUUUCAAGAAGAAAGAGCCCGCAGAGAUGGGAUUGAGCAUGACUUGAGGAAGAAGCUACGGGAAGCUUCUGAUGACAUCCGUGUGCUAAAAUUUCAAGUGAAUAGCCUCGAAGCACAAAAAGCCAAACCGUAA